GUAAGGCCCUGCGAUGAUUGACCUUCAUCGACUGUCGCAGGUACUCCUAGGAUGCUGUGCUCGCUAACCCCAUGGAGGCGACCGAUGACAGGCUCCGACGUCUCAAAUUCCGAGGGUUUCCUCUUCUUCUGCCCCGCCAGACUACAUUCACGGAACAAGGCGACACAACUCGAACAACUCUUGGUAGGGUUCGGGUUUGCUACCGUGGUUUGCAAGAUAAGGCAUUGCAAACGAGUUCGACGACAAUUGGCGCACGGUACAGGAGGACGGGAUGCUCCAUUCUUGACGAAAAAUUCAUCAAUAGAGGUCAUGGGCGUUUUGAUAGGAUCAGUGGGAGCUGGCAACGGCGCUGGGAUACCCCAAUCUGUGGCUGGUUGAUUGAGAAAAGAAAAGUCCUGGCUGAGAUUAUCUGCAGGGGUCUCGGAGGCAGCUUUGGCCUGCUGAAAAUCGGCAUUCCAAUCGAUCUGAAAAUCCGGGAUUUCAGUGUUUUGAACGUUGAACGCUUCUUGAGGGUUGAUCGUCUGUAGCAUGGUGUCGAUAUUCGCUCCCUCAGCAAGCGGAUUUGACGGACUCCGCGAUUGAGGGGCUGGAUCGUCAACCUGGUCGUAGGGAAGCGUCAACGCAGCAUUUUCGCCGCCGGUGAAGAGAAUGUCAUCCAGUGAAAAGUCCAUUAUGACACUGUAAUGAGGGCAGUGGCCUCUGAGCGACUUCAAAGGGCUGACGAGGAGGCAUGUGAAGAAGAUGUUGGAGUGGAGUUUUGGGAGAAGUUGCGAUAACGUCACGCGUAAUGGUCGCUUGAAGCGAUGUCGGGCUUAGUCACAGCCGCGAUGCAAGUGACAGCGCGCACCGCCUGUUUGGGAGAUCCUUAACGACAUUCUUUUGGUGUUUUAUUGCAGGUCAUCGUUUGUUGUUUAUUCUCCAAGGAUGAUAAGAUCUGCCUUUAUCGCACCAAUGCGCACGUCCGGUAUUGCCAAGUGAACUGUGCUGUGGAAGGAAAAACAGUCGGGUACUUGGAGGGCGCUGUGAUGUCUUGGAUUGGAUGUGACAGUGAGCCCACUGAAUCUGCCCUUGAUUCCCAUUUACUGUACCUGCUCUGAUGAUUUUUAAGUGGAAGGCACAUAUCGGGUCUUGGCUAAUUUUUUUUUUUUAAGUUCCUUUCUUUAUCACUUUGCUCAAUAACUCAACUUCCUCGCAAUGGACUUGCUGAUUGCAGGGUGGCUGUCAGUGGUUCCAUAGCGUCAAAUGUGCUGUCACAACCAAAGCCAAACUGGCUGUCCCUUACCGCCGCAGUAAGGUACUUAGAGCUCAUUGUUCUAGACUUGAUAAAAACACCGUCUGGUGUGCAAUGUGCAUUGGCCUCAACCGAAAUGCGGAGCGACGCAGGAAGUCGUUUACCCAGACCUGUUGAAUGCGUCCAACGACGAUCCAGGCGCCGUCGGUAUAGAAUCGCCUGUUUCUGCAUAAUUUUACGAGCCAGCCUAAGCUAGGUACGUGCGCCCGAAAAUCAUUGGUCCACGCUCUAUUGAUAAGUAGUUGUGCGAUAUCUCAACUUCACUACAGAACCAUGAACCAUCGAAGGUUUAGCAAUAAGGAAAAUGGAGAUCUUUUGAGAAUCAAGUCCUGCGAAAGACAUCAAGAAUUUUAGAGCAACUGACAUCACGAACUGGAAUGGGGUACAUGAAUGAAUGAGUGCUCAUUGUGUGGGGUUGGUGAAGUAUGGCUCUGUCGCCAGAAGGCGCAUCACCAAUGUUAACUUGGGCGCAUUCUCUUGCAAAUUGUGUAUAAAAAUGCUGCAGAAAUUCUUCUCAAGAACUUUAGAGCAUCUCAACACAAUCAUCUCACCUUCGUUCAUCUUCCCAUCGAGUCUUGUUCUGGCUUCCCCGCUCAAUUCUCCGCAUCAAACCUUCUUCAUCGCAGUUGGAGAAACCCAGUACAACAAGCAUCAUGGCCACUCGUCGUCACGUCCACUUCAACUCCAAAGCCAAAUCAUGGACUUCACCUGAGCCCGCCUCUACAGCAGCCAUUGAUCGGUUUCACCAGAGUCUCCCCAACUAUGAGCCAACACCUCUUGUCAGUCUGGACAGUCUGGCUAAGGAGGUCGGGGUCGGAGCUGUCCAUGUCAAAGAUGAGACGAACCGUUUUGGUCUUCCGGCGUUCAAGAUCUUGGGUGCUUCUUGGGGCGCGUUCCGCUCCAUAACCGAGAAAUUUGGCCUGCCUCUUGACUCAGAUAUUGAUACUGUCCGAGAAGCGGCAAAGUCCCAUCAAUUGACAUUGUACGCGGCGACAGAGGGGAAUCAUGGGCGUGCGGUUGCAAGAAUGGGUGCUAUCUUCGAUAUAUCAGCUGAGAUUCACGUCCCAGCGUCUAUGCAUCCUUCUACGGUCAGGUUGAUUGAGUCCGAAGGCGCGAAAGUCGUUAUGUCAAAGGGCAGAUACGAGGAUGCGAUGCUUGAGGCCGAGUCUGCGUCCAAGCAUGCCAAGGGGAUCAUGGUUCAGGACCAUGCCUUCGGCGACUAUCAGACCGUUCCACAGUGGAUUGUCGAUGGCUACGGUACCAUGAUGCGAGAGGUUGACAAGCAGCUCGGUUCCACCAAAGCUGACUUGGCCAUCGCUCCUGUCGGAGUCGGAUCAUUCGCCCAAGCUGUAGUAUCUCAUUUCAAGAGACGGGGUACGCCUACCUCCACGUUGACAGUUGAGCCUGAUACUGCGGCGUGUUUGUGGAAGAGUCUGGAGAAGGGCGAGUUCACCGAGAUCCCAACGACUGGCACCAUCAUGGCCGGUCUCAAUUGCGGAGCUCCUUCAACAAUCGCAUGGGAUGUCUUGAAGAAUGGCGUUGAUGCAAGCUUGACCAUAUCAGACUACGAGGCUCACCAGUCCGCCAUGUAUCUGCAAUCUCAAGGCAUCAACGCUGGACCCUGCGGAGCAUCGACUCUUGCUGCGCUUAGACGGCUGACACCGGAAGACAAGAAGGCCCUUAGACUGAGUGAGAAGUCCACUGUGGUGAUCUUUUGCACAGAGCGAAACAGAGACUACGAUGUACCCCACGACGUUUCUGGCAAUGACCCAGUUGCACUCACUCAGACCCUUGUCCAGAUCAACUCAGCCAGUCCCGACUUGGGCUCUGUUCCCGGACCUGGCGAGACCGUCAUCGCUCGCUAUGUCGCUGCAUGGCUCGAACAUAGGGAUCUGGAAACGCACUGGGUUGAAUACAGCAAAGGCCGUCCCUCCGUCGUUGGUGUCGUUCGGGGCUCCGGCGGCGGGAAAAGUGUCAUGUUCAACGGACACCUCGACACGGUCACCAUUAUGGGCUACAAUGAUGAUCCAUUGAGUGGAAAGAUCGUUGAUGGCCGUCUUUAUGGUCGAGGAUCUGCUGACAUGAAGGGAGGUGUCGCGGCAGGUAUGGUCGCCCUCGCCAAUGCUAAGAAGCUUGGACUUCGUGGUGAUGUGAUCUUCACUGGUGUUGCCGACGAGGAGAGCUUGAGUAAGGGAACGGAAGAUAUCCUUCGCGCUGGAUGGAGAGCAGAUGCCGCUGUUGUAUCGGAGUCAACGAACCUCGAGAUCAAUCACGCCCACAAGGGAUACUGUCACAUUGAGAUCAAGGUCUAUGGACUGGCUGCACAUGGUUCACGGGCUGAUUUGGGCAUCGACGCCAUUGUCAAUGCCGGCUAUUUCCUCGUGGAGUUUGGUAAAUACGUUAAGAAGUUGCAAGAAGGUGCUGGGGACGAGACCUUGGGAACAGGCACUGCACACGCUUCAGUUAUCUCGGGUGGUGAAGAGGCAUCGUCAUAUCCUGCCCAGUGCACCAUCAUUGCAGAGCGCCGAACAAUCCCUGGAGAGACCAAUGAAGUUGUCCAGAAGGAGUUCGACGACAUUAUUGCCAAGGUAGCAAAGGAGGUCACCGACUUCAAGGCAGAAGCCAAGAUCUUCUUCAGCCGCCCGCCCCAGUUCACAGAGGCAGACCACCCGUUCACCAAGCUCGUCUCCGGCAUUGUGGGUGAUGUCACUGGCAAAGACGCGGUUAUUGCCGGUGCCCCGUUCUGGACCGAUUGUGCUUUGUUGGCUGAGAAAGGGAUAGUGCCUCUGCUCUGGGGACCAAAGGGAGAGGGAUUCCAUGGAAAGGAGGAGUUUGUUCACGUCAAGUCAAUUGAACAAGUGUCUGAGGGAUUGGUCAAUAUAGCAGCUGAGCUCUGUAAGUAGGUAGAUAGAAGAUGUCUUGUCCAUUGAGUUUAAUUGAGGAUUAGCUCUUUGUUCUCAUCUGAGUUGACAACUUGACCCUCUCGUUCUCCUUAUGAUCAAGACAGGCUUAUAGAACAGAUGAACGGA